AAACAAAUGAAGUUCCUCCUAUGGCCUUGUCCACAAAACACAAACGCCAUUCGCCAGGUCAUCUGAACGUGAGUAUGAAUAGAGUGUCACUUCCUGUCUCCGCAGGAAGUGCCCUGAACCUGACGUGCCGGGCGUUCUUCGGCUACAGCGGGGACGUCAGCCCGCUCACCUACUGGAUGAAGGGGGAGAAGUUCAUCGAGGACCUGGAUGAGGAGCGGGUCCAGGAGACCGACAUCAAGGUGGUGAAGGAGCACCUGGGGGAGCAAGAGGUGGCCAUCUCCCUGACCAUCGAGUCCAUCGAGGAGGGGGACCUGGGGAACUACUCCUGCUACGUGGAGAACGGCAACCGCCGGCGCCAGGCCACGGUGCAGCUCUGCAGGCGAGCGGAGCUCAUGUACACGGUGGAGCUGGCGGGGGGUCUGGGAGCCAUCUUGCUGCUGCUCGUCUUCCUCAUCUCCCUCUACAAAUGCUACAGGAUCGAGCUCAUGCUCUUCUACCGGAGGAACUUUGGCAGCGAGGACGUGGACGGAGACAACAAGGACUACGACGCCUACCUGUCCUACACCAAGGUGGACCCCGACCAGUGGAGCCAGGAGACCCGGGAGGAGGAGCGCUUUGCCCUGGAGAUCCUGCCCGACGUCCUGGAGAAACACUACGGAUACAAGCUCUUCAUCCCCGACCGGGACCUCAUCCCCACAGGAAGUCUCUCCAAUGAGCAUUACCAGGAUGACACUCGACUGCUUGGAGCCUACAUCGAGGACGUGGCCCGCUGCGUGGACCAGAGCAAGCGGCUCAUCAUCGUCAUGACGCCCAACUAUGUGGUGCGCCGCGGCUGGAGCAUCUUCGAGCUGGAGACGCGGCUGCGCAACAUGCUGGUGACGGGCGAGAUCAAGGUGAUCCUGAUCGAGUGCGCCGAGCUGCGCGGCAUCAUGAACUACCAGGAGGUGGAGGCGCUCAAGCACACCAUCAAGACCCUCACCGUCAUCAAGUGGCACGGCCCUAAGAGCAACAAGCUCAGCUCCAAGUUCUGGAAGCAGCUGCAGUACGAGAUGCCCUUCCGCCGCACGGAGCCCAUGCUGAGCCACGAGCCCGCCCUGGACGUCAGCGAGCAGGGCCCCUUCGGCGAGCUGCAGACCGUCUCCGCCAUCUCCAUGGCCGCCGCCACCUCAACCGCCAUGGCCACCGCCCACCCAGAGCUGCGCUCGUCCUUCCACAACACCUACCACACCAGCAUGCGGCAGAAACACUACUACCGCAGCUACGAGUACGACAUCCCGCCCGGCGGCACCCUGCCCACGCUCUCCUCCCUGGGCAACCAGCACACCUACUGCAACAUCCCCCUGACGCUGCUCAACGGCCAGAGGCCCCCGGGGAAGAGCCGCGAGCACAGCCUGGAGGAGGCCCACGCCAACAACGCCAUGCUGCCGCUGCUGCCCCGCGAGACCAGCAUCUCCAGCGUCAUCUGGUAGCCAGAGAUGGGAACCGGCGGCGGUGGUGGUGGUGGUGGUGGUGGUGGUGGUGGUGGUGGUG